UCAGAACGUUGAACACAUUUUCUCGGGUAAACUAGGUCUACUAUCCAAUCACAGAAACUUUACAAGUUAGCCUAGCCCAACGAAGAGACAGCACGCGAAACAGCUGUAUGGGCGCAGUAUUUCAACGGGAGCAGAAUGUAAAUCUAGGACACUUCAAGUUGGGUUCUUCAUUAUGACGUUGUUGGAAGAAGAGUGUCCCACAGCACAGGAAAGGAGGUAGGAGACAAAGCGUACUAUGACAAUCUAAAUAAAUAGCAUUGAAAGGAUUUCAGUCUCGGCUACAGCUUGAAGUCACUGGUUUUCUUUCCCUUAGGCCUAGUAUAACAAGCUGCCUGAUCCUAGCAGUCGACAUGACCGAUUUAGACAUGACCGCGGGAAAGGCUUGUGGCGUCCAGACCUCCGAAAAGAAUGUAAGCCCAAAAGAAAACCGCAAACAACUUACCCAAACGGUUUGCUUAGAAGUGGAGGGGCUAGACCUUAAUGACAACGUCGUGUCCGAAAAAGAGGAAUAUAUUUCUAACGACGACUCCAGUCCCGGUGAAGGUAUGCACAUAUCGACAUCUGUUAGUGCCGUGGACGCAGUAUGUAAAUUAAAGCCUCAUGUUGAUGAAAUAAAGCCUCGCGUCGUCAUUAAUGACGAUGAGGACACAACAGUAGAUCAAACAGAGUCAGACAACAAAGUCAGCAACAGCAGUUCGCAACUGGCUGUUAUCAAAGUCGAAGAAUGUUCUCUUUCAGAUAUGAAUGAGAAUCAGAGUGCACACACUCCUGAACAAUUUGACUCUCAGCAAAAAUUUAAUAGGCCUAUUUCCACUUCCAGACCAAGCCCUGAUGAGCCUGUUAUAAUUGACCUUGAUGAUUAUAGUAGGAACAAUAUAAAAUGUUUAAGAGCAGAAAACAAUGAGGAUCCUCGAAUCCCGGAUAAAUGCUUACAUAAGUCUGUUAAUGAGCCUUUUCCUUCUGAUCCCAGGAGGAUGACAGACAGCCCAAAAUUAGAUUUUUUAUCAGACAAGACUGCUUUUUUUAUGAUUGAACAAGAUGAAUCUUCACACUCUGACAUUAACCAUUAUCUUCAAGUGCAACCAUCUAUUUUUUAUGACAGUGACAAUGAAAAAUUUGAUGGACUGUCAGAACAAAGAGGGUUUCAUAGUCCAAACAGCCAAGCAAUGCUGAAAGAAUUGAAUAGCACAGAUGUCAUUGAACCUUGCAACAAUUGGGAAAUCAGUUCUAUUUUCUCAAAUCUUAAAGAGUACCAGUAUCCAUUUCUGGAUGAUGGAAACAUUUUGCAAGUCGCCCAAAACAUCUCACCAACAGUCAAGUUAAAUCUCAAACAUGAUGAACCAGAAGGGUCAGGUGUUGAUAGUGGUGUAUUUGGCAUGUCAAUUUGUGAAACAAGCUGUGGUUUUCCUGUGGAGAAUAUUAACAUUCCUGUAGAGAAUAAUGCUGACACGUCAUACUUUUUAGAUGAGAAAGAGCUAAAGCUGUCUUGCAUUGACAGUGCUAUUGGUUCAGAGAGCUGCACUGAUUCAGCAUUAAUGAAUGAAACUGAAGGUGACAAAAUUGAUUCUCAUUCAGUAUUUCAGUUAGCCAGCAAUUUUGAAUAUGGUAUGGGGAAUUUAACACACUCAACAAUUUCCUCACAAGGAAUACACCAUCAGGCAGUUGACCCUGAGGAACAGUCGCCCAAUUUGGCGUUUUUCCCCUGCAAAACAGUCGCAACUCCAGAUGAUGUUGCCCUCUUCGAUCCAAACAAUAAAUCUGGUUAUUACUACAGUCAGUACCCAAACUAUGACAGCUAUUACCAUCAGAACACAUCCAAUUGUCCUGCUCACACCAGUGGCACUCAGUGGGGCGCAGCAGAAUUGGCAAAUGACAGUCUCCUCCCAGUGUCCUCAAAGGUGAAUUCUUGGUUCGCUCCACCAUCUGGUAACCUCACUAAUGACAGUGUAAUGCCAGAGUUGGUUCAGUAUUUGCCUGCCAAUGCACAAGACGAUGAGGAGACAGACGAUGCUGAUGAAUUUGACAAUAUCCCAGUAACAUUCCCCAAAACAUUUGAAGAGGAUGUUCCUCAAUACUUUGCCAGCCCUGGUUCAGUAGCUUCCACAUCCUGCUUUAGUACUGACAGCUCUUUACUGCAAGAAUACAGCCCUUCUUCUGUGUCUCAGCCACCUUCUGCUUCGAGCACGCCUGGGGUGACAGAGACUAAAUCCGACCCCAACACUGACUUUUUCGGCUCAUGGCAUGUGCCUCAAACUGUUCUUCCGCACCUUGAUAUAAGCAAAACGCUCUGCCCACCUAUGGCAGUACCAAACUGUUCUCUUUCAAGGGAACAGAUAGAUCCAAGUCUGUUGCACUUUGGUCUCAACCAGAACACGAAGCGACCGUUCCCUUCAAUGGCUGAUGCCAUGCGCUCAGCUCGCUCAUCUCGCUCUGGCACCAAAAAAGGGGUUGACAGUGACAAGCCCUAUGCUCGCUCUAACGGUCGCCAGCGUAAAAACCAGAUUCAGUCAGCAAAGAUUUCUACUUCAACCCCCAAAAGCAAAGGGAAGAAAAAGGCCUCUGCUAAGACAAAAAGUGACUCAUUGGAGCAGGCAACAAAUGACGAGGAAGAUAGGCUGGAGGGUGAUGAAUUGGUGGCGAAUCGUGCUCGUCAUAAUGAACCACUGAGACAGCAUGCUGUUUGCAUUAUGCUUCAGUGGUUCUACCGAAAUGUUGACAACCCCUACCCAAGCAAAGCAGACAAAGAGGCUAUGGCAAGAGAAGGAGGAAUCACAGAAAAUCAGGUGAAAUCUUGGUUUGCAAACAAGAGAAACCGAACCAACAAUACCAAACCGAAGGUGCAGAAGCGUGCCAUGGAAGAAAAACUGAUGGAGGUGUGCAAGGACUUGAAACGGAAUCAUCACAACCCAAUGGCAGACAACACUCACAUCAUUCAACAGCUGUCAGGGAUUAUACAGCAUUAUCAAACUGCCAAGCAAGAAUGACCAGUGUGCAAGGCUGUUGGAGCCUUUCACUUUCAACAUUUUGGUAUAGCAUUUAUCCCUUUUUCCCUUCACUAUUCCUUAUGGGGAUUUUGGUUAUCAACUGACUUUUGAUUUUGUGUUUUUGGGGGAGGGGGGUGGGGUGGAUGGAUAAGGUUUUUUUUGUGUGAUUAAAGAAUGAAAAGUAUUGAAAAAUAUAGCCAACUGUUACUUACAUCAGUAUUUUUGAAUGAGUUUUCAGUUUGUGUUUUUACAUUAUUGGCAAUAGUUUUCAAAGUAGUGGACACAAAUUAACUGCUUUCGUCUUUAGGUUAUUUUUUUAUGAUUUCUUUCCUUAACAAAAAAAAUACAAUGUAAUAAGAUUCUUACAAUAUACUGUAAAAAAUAAUGCUUUUCAGUAAAGCUUAGGGUGUCACUUCUCGUGUCUUUUUCAUUUUAAUACUUUGUUGCCUCAUAGUGAAGUGUUUGUGUUUGAUUAAUUAUGAUGUGAUGAGUGUAACAGUGACACUCAUGAUCCUAUGUGCAAUUUUGAUGUCAUAUCUGCCUAACCUCUGUUCUUCUCUUGAUGUUAGUUGAAUUUGAGAGUAAUUAAAUCUUCCUUCUUGAUCUGUGAUAAUCAUGUUGUAUGGUAGAGAGAGUUUGCCAGGUUUAUUAUGUGUUCUCAUUUGACUUGUUAAAAUGUUAUGUGGAUCCACAGACAUUUCAUGGUUGUUUGUUUACCUUUUGAAAAAUCUGGUGAUUAAGACCAGGAUGUUUUUUAUUGGAUGGAGUUGGAGAGAACUCUCAAAUUUUGAGUGUCAUAAUAUAUGCUCUUUCUCCGUGCUUUGGAGAGACAGUGAGAAUGAGGUGAAUAAGUAUGUACCAAAUGGGUUUUUGAAUUUCAUUAGUGUUAACAAUUAACAUCCUAAAAACAAUUCUUUUUUUUUUCAAAAAUACAAAGGGACUUGAUUCAUGAUUGGAUAAAAAGCAACAGCUUGAGUGUUAACAAGUAUAAUUUUUGUAUUGAACAGAACAUGACAAUCUACUAAACAAAAGUAGCCAUAGAGGUAGCAGUGUUUUCUGAAGUGCCAUACUGGAAGUCUAUAAGCACAGACGGAGCUAAAUAUGUUUGUUGUUAGUAAAGAAGUGAACAUCUAAUUCUAAAGGCUGAAAUGAGGAGUUUCCCCAAACUCCUUACUUGCCUGUAUUCAAUAUUGCUUGUAAUGAUCUCUAUGGCAAAUGUUUCAGACAAUUUCAAUCUGAAAUUUAGUCUGUAGAAGGAUCACACAUUUUGUGGCCCAAUUCUUUAUAAAUAGAUCUAUAGACUAUCCCCAGUCUGAACUUGUAAACUUAUUGGAACAGGUAAAAAUUUGAGUCGAAAUACAAUUGGAUAAUUUAUCCGUUAUAACCCUGUUCCCUCUACAUUUUGUUGCUUGAUCACAACUUGUUUCAGAUAUUUUCUCAUUGGUACUGAGUUCAUAAAUAGAAGCACAUAAUUAUCUCUUGGCUUGCAUGAAUUAUAGAAGGGUGUCAUUUAAGAUUCAGCUGCUUUACUAAUCUUCUUUCUCAUAAGGUCUUAUGCUGAGUUUGAAAUGAUAUGCGUUAAUUCAUGUGAACUGUGACAAUUGACUUUUUUAUACAUGUAUAUUUCCCUUCUUUUUCGGUCGAUGAUAAAUGAUGGCAUGAAGUAACAUGUCUAUCCAAAAUGCCUCACAAAAAUGCAAGUUUGUUUUCAAAGUAUGAAUUUUUGUUUUUGAGCUUUCACAGAAGGUAUUUCACAUAACAACUAGAUCUAUGCCUGUCAGCGGGAAAUAAUCAUGUUGAUUUCUCCGACAAGUAUUGAAUUUUUCCACAUUUUUAGCCCCGACAUUCUUUAUAAAAGCAUUUUGUCUGGCUUGUCUGUGUCAUAAUUGUAGAACAAAUUUAGCUUGGUAUGUCUUUUCUUUGACAGACUGCAGUUCAGCCAAGAUUUCUGGGGGGGACUGCAACAUAGUUUAUUGAUUUCUUAGAGAUUGUCUGACCUGAGGACUUUUUCAAAUGUUUAAUUAAUACAAAAACUUAUCAUGUCAUAUUACAUGUAGGCCUAUAUGAUGGUACAGUAAUUCCAGGUUCAGAAAUGCUGCUCAUUCCGAUUACUGUCAUGAUAUUUGAAUUGAGGACAUGACUUUUGACUACUUUGUGCGGAAUUUGGGUUGGUUCCAGUUUCCUUAUCCAAUGAUUUUCUUGAGAACCUAAAUAGGUUAACUCUGAAAAUGUUCCCAAUAUAGACUACAAAUGAAUAUUUUAUCUAUGAAAUCAGCUCAACUUUUUCAUUGUUGAUCUUUAAUCAAAAUUCAAAGAAUAUCUUUGCUGUCUUUUUUAAAGGGAAGACUAUACAUGAUUGUAUGAAUAACGUACUGAAUACAUAGUCACCCCUUCAUUGUCAAACUCAUCAUUGACAUUAUCAGGAAAGAAAAAUGAAAAUGAAACGCUGGUGGUUUUUGUUUUUGUCCCAGUUUGAGAUUGUGCAGAAUGUUUGUACAGAAAGUUCAUAGUGCCCCACCUAAUUAAAUGCUCUUUUUGGAAAUGGAGUUGAGUCACAUAUGUACAGAGGAGAGUAGUUGACUCUGAGAGUUUGUGGUGGGGUGAGGCAAUGAAGUGGUUCAGAAGAGACUUGAAAAGACUGCUAGAUCCCUCUUUUCAUUUAUUGUGAUAUUCUUGUUCUAUGCAAAAUUGUUUCAUAAUGGUCAUGGAACUCAGAUUUUAAAUUGGUAACAAAUUUGCAGAACUCAGCUCUGGUGCUUUAUUGUAUUUUUACUUUUAAUAUCCAGUUGUAUGCAGAGUGCUGGUGUGUUGUAUAUGUGAUGCUCAAGCAAUUAGUUUAUUGUGAUAUAUCUUGGUUUGUCAGUCACACAUUUACAUGUCGGCCUUGAAGGCACUUUGUACAAAAAAUACCAAAUACUGCCACCUUUGUGAUAUAAAUGUUUGGUGCAGGCAUUGUAAAAUUCUUCACUCUUUUAAAAAAUUGUGUUCUGGUUCUUUCCCCCCGCUGCUACUGUUCAGUUUUCCUUGUUUGUAUAACCUUUUACUUUUUCAUAUCUUAUUGGUGUCCAUUCACUGUUACUUUCACCCUGUUUUCGAAGAGGUGAUUUAAAGGAGACCCCACUUGCAAAAAAAAAAAAA